AUUCGCCCACCAAAAAAGGGAAGAAACGAGAGUGGAGUGUAAGUAAAUAGGGAGUAAAAGUCAACGUGACUUUUGCAGGAAAGGCCCGUGACCAAAGCUGGUGUGGUAUAUAGCAGAAUGGGAGGGGCACUUUCGGGAAUAGCAGGGCUUUAGUCAGCCGCUGAGCGGUGAUGCACCGCCAAAUAAAAGCAACUCGAACUGCAGCGGCCAGACAAAUCUCCACCGGCGGCGAAUCACUUUCUUCCUCAUCCUCUCCUUUUGAGCGAAUAGCGAAAUGAAAAUUGCCUGAAUUUUGGAUUCCAGUCGCAAGCCAAGAUAGAUCAGUGAAUUGAGUUGUUGAAGACUUGACUGCGAUUGACUGCGACGGUGGUUACUUUGAGUUAAUAUUGGCUGUCAAAUGUCAAUCCUUUUUGUUAAAAUAGAGACUUGAGUCAAAUAAUUUGUUUCUUUUUUAGCUCUCCUUUAAUUUUCUCGAGCCCUUUUCAAGUUUUCAUGUCUCAAUUGUGCUGUGCACUCACUGGAGGUUGUCUAUCUUUUAAUUAAAUAAAUGCGAAGUUUUAACUGUAUUCCGUAUUAUUAUCAAAUCAAGCCGUGCAUAUUCUGAUCCGAAUGUUCACUAGUUAAUAAACAUUUAAACAUAUAACAAGAAAUUCAAUAACGUACAAGUGAUAAUUCAAGAUCUCAAUCAUUUUUAUCGUCUCUUCAGAUGUGGGAAGAAAACGAAAUGUCUCAUGGAGCAACAGUAACUUAAUUUCCUUUUGAGAUCUCCUUGACCCGUUUCUUCUUAGUUGUUGUUGCAGCUGAAGGUGGGUGAUGUAGUAGAGCACGAGAGCCUCUUCAUUUUCAGCACUUGAAGAUCUACAAAUCUUGCCUAUUCGAGAACCUCUUCUACUACUCUAGCACUGCACGUACAAUCAUAACCACUUGAUUUAGAAGACCCUUUUUGGGAAAUCCAUUACUCACAAAAAGUUGCUAGAUUUGAGGGAAAAUGUCUUCAUGGGAUGCUUUGGGAGGCAUAGCAACUGUCGCCCAGCUUUCAGGGAUCGAUGGGUUGAAGCUAAUCGGGAUGAUAGUGAAAGCAGCAAGCACUGCAAAGAUGCACAAGAAGAACUGUAGGCAGUUUGCGCAGCAUCUCAAGUUAAUUGGCAAUCUAUUGGAGCAGCUCAAGCUAUCCGAGCUUAAGAAGUAUCCAGGAACAAGCGAGCCAUUAGAACUGUUUGAGGAUGCCUUGAGGAGGGCAUUUAUCCUGGUUAACAGUUGCCAAGAACGGAGCUAUCUUUAUCUAUUAGCUAUGGGGUGGAACAUUGUGUAUCAGUUCCGGAGGGCUCAGAAUGAGAUAGACAGAUACUUGAAGAUCAUCCCCCUCAUCACCCUUGUGGACAAUGCACGUGUCAGGGAGAGAUUGGAAAUUAUUGAAAAGGAUCAAAGAGUUUACACUCUGGAUGAUGAAGACAUGAAGGUGCAACAAGUCAUAAUGAAGCCAGAACCCUCUAAAGACGAUACUGUUGUAUUGAAGAAAACACUUUCAUGUUCCUACCCAAGCAUGCCCAUCAGUGAGGCAAUUCGCAAAGAAAAUGAAAAACUUCAGCUAGAGCUGCAACAUUCCCAAGCUAAUUUAGACGUACAUCAUUGUGAAUUCAUUCAGCAUCUUCUUGAUGUCACACAAGUUGUUGCUGCUACUUCUCUUCCUGAGAAAAAUUCGCCUGCCAAACCUAUCAAAGUAGGGCAUGAUUAUUCAGAUGAUGAGAGUAAUAAAGAGACUUGUGAUGAAAGCUACAGAAAAAAUAUUGAUAAACAAACAACUCCAAGAAACACUUCUUCAGUUUCAUCCAAACAGGACUUGUUAUCUUCAAAGGGUUCACAUCAAUAUGAAGAAUGGCAUUCGGAUCUUUUGGGCUGUUGUUCAGAACCCCUUCUCUGCAUAAAAACCUUACUAUUUCCAUGUGUGACAUUUUCAAAAAUUGCAACUGUAGCAACCAACAAACAUAUUUCUUCAGCAGAAGCAUGUAAUGAAUUGAUGGCAUACACCUUAAUAUUGUCCUGCUGCUGUUACACAUGUUGCAUCAGAAGGAAGCUGCGGAAACAGCUGAGCAUCUCGGGAGGGUUUAUUGAUGAUUUCCUCUCACACUUGAUGUGCUGCUGCUGCGCCCUGGUGCAAGAGCACCGGGAACUUGAGAUUCGUGGAAUCAACGGCAUACAUAAGAUGAAAACAAGGCCCCCGCCGCCUCAAUUCAUGGAAUCUUAACAUAUGAGUAGAGACAAGAGCUAGCAGCAAUGGAUACAUUAUACUACGGUAUAUCACGCCUGCCUGUAUGUGGGGUGUAAAAUGGAGGUCCGUACGAGGGAGAUCAGGCAGCAUGUAGAUAUGAUAUAGCUAGGAAUCCUAGGAUAACCACGAUGCGUACGUUAUGUCUUUUAUUAACGUACAACAAUUAAUUUACUCUUCUGUAUGAUGCCUUAUGCCAGGUCCUACCUAUGUUUGUUUCUUUGGAGCAUAAUCUAUUAAUCUAUCUUCACGCCUGCAGGAAUUGGUAACCACUCUGGAUUCCCAUAUCGUUUGUGGCUUACCUCUCACAUAAUAUGGGAAAUUUUAC